UGCGCAAAGCGAAGGCUGAAGGAGCAUCCUUCAGCGACGGCUCCAGAGCUCCGCUCCGCGCAGCCGAGCAGCAGCUCACUGCUCCGCGUCCUCCCCUCCCCUGCGCGCCCGCGGCUGUGGCUCGCUGGCGGAGGGGUGAGAGCGAAGCUGGCAGCAGAGCUGUGCCAUGCCAGCCUUGGCGCAGAGAUGGGCGCCUGUGCGCGGCUCCGCACGCCUCGCAUGCCACCCCCCGGCUGUGCCCCUCUCCCUCCUGCCUCCCGUCGCCAGCCAUGCACAGCUGCUGUAAACAAACCUGCCCCUGGCCAUGGCACGGCUUAAAAUAGCUGCUGGUGCAUCAGCCCCUCCGCGGCGGCGAGACACGGCCGGCUGCGCCUGACUGCUGCACGCUGCGCGCCGAGGAGCCCCAGCCCUCGCCCAGGACCGUGGGUGGCAGAAGCAGCAGAAGUGACCUCCAGGCCACCCUGCGGCCGUCAGGACCCCACAGGUAUGCCUCGUGGGUCUCCACAGCCCCAAUGGCUUUCCUGUCCAGGCUCUCCAGGAGCGGCUCCAGGUCCCCGGGCAGGAGCUCACGCGAGGAGCGCAGCGCACAGCCCAUCCUCAGCAUCUUCGAGCUGGAGAGGCUGCUCUACACGGGGAAGACAGCCUGCAACCACGCUGAUGAGGUCUGGCCAGGACUCUACCUGGGUGACCAGGACAUAGCUGCCAACCGUCGGGAGCUGGCGCAGCUGCGCAUCACCCACGUCCUCAACGCCUCCCACAGCAGGUGGAGGGGGGGCGCUGAGUACUACGAGGGCACUGGCAUCCGCUACCUGGGCAUCGAGGCCCACGACUCGCCCUCCUUCGACAUGAGCCCCUACUUCUACCCUGCAGCUGACUUCAUCCACCAAGCGCUGCACGAAGGAAGGAUCCUUGUGCACUGUGCUGUGGGGGUGAGCAGGUCAGCCACCUUGGUCCUCGCCUACCUCAUGAUCCGACACCGCAUGCCCCUGGUGGAAGCCAUAAAGACCGUCAAGGACCACCGUGGCAUCAUCCCCAACCGCGGCUUCCUGCGCCAGCUGGUGGCCCUGGACAAUGCCCUGAGGCUGCAGAGGAGCUCCUGAAGGAGGAGGAGAGAGGGGUGGGGGCACUGCGCGUGGUGCUGCCCUCGCCCGGUGCCCACCGAGGGCAGGGCUCCCUCACCUGCAGACGCUUGGCAAGUGGUGGGCUACGAGCAGCUGCCCCUGGGGCUGCCCCUCAGCUUAGGGGGUGCCCAGAGCUGAGAGCAUAGCCCCUCAGCCUGCCACCAUGCCACCUAGGUAGGCCUGACGUGUAUCCUCCUCCCCAGCCUGCUGGCUCCAAGGUGCCUGCAGAGGGACUCAGCCCCUGCUGGCUCUAGGAGGCCUUCAGAGCUUCCUCUCCCGGGUGGCAGAUGCAUCCCCAAGCCAGUCCUGCCCCUCCCUCGCAGGAGGCUGAAGCUCUGUGCUCCUUGUCUUGCUCCCCAUGUGUCUGUGGUCUGUCAGUCAGGUCUGGUGCUUGGGCUCAGGCCAACAGCCCUUUCGUCGUGGUGUUUGGUGUCCUCCAUGCCUGCUGUUCACCUGUUAAAAUAAAGACAGCACUGAGCAGAAA